GUCAGGCAGUUUUCCCACGCUCAGUGAACGCAUCGCCGGCGCUAUCAUGACAGUCAUGUGAUGCGGCGUCAUGUGGUGCAGUCACUUCCUGCUGUUUUGCUACGGACCGCUCUGCAAUAUCAUGUCGUCGUAGUGCGGUUCCGAACCUACAGCGGACACAAACAUGUCAGUCACACUCACGUUGGGUUCUGGCUCGUCCCGCAAGCUGCUGCUGUGGUCGCUGGUGUGCGUGGGCUGCGUGCUGGUCCGGUCGGGAGCGGAGGAGGGCGCGAACCCGUGGUACCGGGACCUCUGCAGCUACAAGUGGGAGGCCAUCGACCAGGACAGCAACACGGGCUACACUCUGAAGCUCUGCGAGUCUUCGCCCCCGACCAGCUGUGGCUCAGGAACAGCUGUCUGUGCCCGAAACCUGGGGACCAACGCCAGCCGGUCCGUCGGUGAGCUGACCCUGCGGACGGAGUCGGGCACAGUGCUGGAUUUCAACAGCACCACUCAAUGUCAAGGAGGCAGCACCAACGUUCAGGCCACCAUCGGCUUCCAGUGCGGGAAAACCAUGGGGACCCCAGAGUUCGUGGCUGCUUCUCAGUGCGUGCAUUACUUCGAGUGGAGAACCUACGCCGCCUGCAAGAAAGAAAAGUUCAAACCCCACAAGGAGGUCCCCUGCUACGUCUUCGACUCUGACGGGAAGAAGCACGACCUCACGCCUCUGAUCAAGACCAGCGGCGGAUACCUGGUGGACGACGGCGACGACAGCGUCAACUUCUACAUCAACAUCUGCCGCAGCCUGAGUGGUCAGCAGUCGUCCUGUGAGGCGGGCUCUGCCGCCUGCCUGGUCACCACAGACGGGUCCUACAACAUGGGUUCUCCGUCCAGCCCUCUGGAGCUCAUGUCCAGCGGCAGACUGAGGUUACGCUACGAAGGGACCGGCGGCUCCUCUCCCAGCAUCUGCAACGGUCACGACCCUGCAGUCACCAUCACCUUCACCUGCCCCUCCAGCAGACUCACGGCCAGCGCUCCCAGACUGACGGCCGAGUCCAACUGUCGUUACGAGGUGGAGUGGGUGACGGAAUACGCCUGUCACCGAGACUACCUGGAGAGCAGCAGCUGCAAGCUGACCAGCGAGCAGCACGACAUCUCCAUCGACCUCACGCCUCUCACCCUCAGCUCUGUCGAUCAUCCCUAUCACGCCUUCUCUGGAGAUGGGGACGAGGGCUACGUCUACUACCUGAACGUCUGCGGCAAAGUCCCCACUGACGAGUGCAGCGAUCGGGACGACUUCAUUUCCUCCUGCCAGGUGAAGAAGAACAAAGACGUGAAGAAAGUGGCCGGACGCUUCCAGAACCAGACCCUGCGCUACUCGGACGGAGACCUGACGCUCACCUAUCCCGGGGGCAGCACCUGCUCCACAGGCUUCCAGAGAAUGACCAUCAUCAACUUUGAGUGCGACAGAAACGCAACCAAUGGCGGCCUGGGUACUCCAGUUUUCACCGGUGAGACCGACUGCACAUACUACUUUGAGUGGCAGACAGCGCACGCCUGCGUCAAGGAGAAGGAGGAUCUGCUGUGCCGGGUUGACGACGGCAGCAAGCACUACGACCUCUCUUCCCUGACUCGAUCCCCUGGGUCGGACGCGGCGGGGAACUGGGAGGCUGUGGACGCCAACGCCCCCAAGACUGACCCCAGGAGGUUCUACCUCAACGUCUGUCACAAGGUGGUGCAGGAGGGCGGAGCCAGCGGCUGCCCGGAGGACGCUGCCAUCUGUGCCGUCGACAAGAAGAAGAAGAAGGUGCUCAGCCUGGGCAGCUUCCUCUCCCCGCCUCAGAAGACUGAGAAAGGAAGUGACAUCAGACUCCUGUACACCGACGGAGACCUGUGCAGAGAAAACACUCGCAUUCAAACCAUCGUGACGCUCAAGUGCAAACCUGGAGACCUGGAAAACGCUCCGGUCCUGCGCAGCAUCUCCUCCGACCAGUGCGUGUAUGAGCUGGAGUGGUACACUGCUGCGGCCUGUGUCCUCUCCAGGACACAAGGAGACGACUGCAAGGUGGCGGACUCCCAGGCGGGCUUCUUCUUCGACCUGUCUCCGCUCACCAAAGUCGACGGCGGCUACUACAACCUGACCAGCGGCGGCUACACUUACUUCAUCAAUGUGUGCGGCCCCGUUAAAGUAGCCCAAUGUCCUGAGAAGGCUGGAGCAUGUCAGGUGGAGAAGAGCUCCUGGAGUCUGGGUCAGGCCAGCGCCAAACUGUCCUACUACGACGGGCUGAUCCAGCUCCGCUAUGUUGACGGGUCCCAGUACAACAAUGAGCAGCACACGCUCAGAUCCACGCUCAUCUCGUUCCUCUGCGACCCGGAGGCUGGUGCCGGACGGCCCGAGUUCCAGGUGGAGGACAACUACACGUACAACUUCAGGUGGUACUCUUCGUACGCCUGUCCAGAGAGGCCCCACGAGUGUUUGGUGACUGACCCCAACACGCUGGAGCAGUACGACCUGUCCAGCCUCUCUCGCUCCACCUCCGGGGGCAACUGGCAAGUGAUGGAUUUGACGGACGGCAAGACUCUGUCCAAGUACUACAUCAACGUGUGCCGGCCUCUGAACGCCGUGGCGGGCUGCAGCCGCGGCGCGUCGGCGUGUAAGAUGAAGUUCGAUCCUGACCAGGGUUCGCGGAAGGAGGUGGUGGAGGUCAGCAACAUGGGUGUUUCUAAACGAGGGCCCAUCAUCGAGGGCCGCGACCGGCUGCUGCUGGAGUUCACCGACGGCUCGCCCUGCCCAGGCGGGCAGGCGCUCCAGUACCGGACCGUCAUCCACCUGAUCUGCUCCAGAGGCAGUGUGUCCACGGGCCCUCGGUUCUUCAUGUUUCAGAACUGCACCGCCAUCUUCAAGUGGGAGACCCGAGCCGCCUGCGCCAUCACUACCACCCAGAACAACAGCUGCUCCGUGGUCGACCCCAACACGGGCCUGCUCUUCAACCUCCAGCCUCUGGCUCGACCCGACGGCUACCAGGUCAACGCAAACGGGAAGGACUAUGUGGUGAACAUCUGCUCUGAUGUGGAGCAGUGUGGGCCGGGCAUGGCGGGCUGCGAGCUAGAGAACGGACGUGCUUUGAGCCCGGUGGGCCUGGAGAAGACGCUCCAGUACUCCACCGACGGACUGCUGAAGCUCAUCUACAAAGGAGACCUGGACAGCGCCUCAGCCACUCGUGACACCUUCACCAUCAACUUCGUCUGUGACCCCAAAGAGGACUCUGGAUCCCUCAAGUUGCUGCGAGAGGAGAUGAGUACUGGUCAAACCCACGUGACCCAUGAGGUUCUCUUCGAGUUUUUCACCGCUCUGGCCUGUGUGCCUGCGCCCGUGGACUGCCAGAUCAUUGACGCCCAUGGAAACACAUACGACCUGAGUCACCUGAUGCGGGACCAAGAGGCCAGUCCGUGGGUCGCUGUGGACACAGACGCAGGAAAGUCCCGCAGGUUCUACAUCAACGUGUGCAGGCCCCUCCCCCCAGUGAAGGGCUGCCCGGUGGGUCCUCUGGGGUCCUGCGCUGUCAUCGAUGGAGUCUACUACAACCUGGGCUACGUGCAGUCCCGUCCGCAGGCGGCCGACGACGGCUCCAUCAGCAUCGUGUACCAGAGCGGAGACAAGUGUGAGCCCAGCGGCCGCCGCCUCUCCACGCGCAUCAUCUUCCAGUGCGAUGACAACCCGGGCUCGCCCAUGUUCGACCGUAAGGACGGCUGUGAGUACGUCUUCAUCUGGAGGACGUUGGAGGCGUGUCCCAUCACAAAGUCUCAAGGUGACGGGUGUCGGGUCACUGACCCCAGAAGUGGCUACAUCUUUGACCUGAACUCCCUGAAGGGCCGAGACUACUCGGUGCGCAGCGACAAGUACAUCUACCACCUGUCGGUCUGCAGCGCCUUGCAGAAGGGCGUCUGCACGCACAGAGACAGCGACCAGGUGUCCUCCUGCCAGGCGGAUGGAAACACCCACAAGAUAGCAGGAACGGUCAACAAGGUUCUGAGCUACGUGGAAGACCAGCUGAUCCUCAACUACACGGGGGGAGACACCUGUCACAAGAUCUACCAGAGAACCACGGUGAUCUACUUCUCCUGCAGCCCCGGCAUGAGUCCAGGGGCACCAGAGUUUGUCAAGGAGACUCCAGACUGCACGUACCUGUUCGACUGGCCCACAGCCCUGGCCUGCAUCCCGGUCAAGACCACCAGCUGCUCUUUCAACAACGGUCAGGGUCAGUCAUACGACCUCUCCCCUCUGGCCUCGGACUCUCAGAACUGGGAGGUGGAGCCGUCCACCGACGACACCAACAGAAGGUUCUAUAUCAACGUGUGCAGAUCACUGGUGCAGAAGGGAGGGUCGUGGAAGUGCCCAUCCACCGCCGCCUCCUGCAUGAAGGUGGGUGACAACUACCUGAGCCUGGGGCAGGUGAAGUCCGGCCCCUCGUGGGACGGAAGCGUGCUGAAGCUCCAGUACACCGGCGGCCAGCUGUGUCCGGACCGAGUCCGCAACAGAAGCAGCGUCAUCCGCUUCAAGUGCGACAAAGACAAAGUGGACUCCAGCCCCACGCUCAUCUCCAGCGUGGAGGACUGCGUGUUCAACUUCCUGUGGCUCACGGCGGCGGCCUGCCCGCUCAGUGGCGCCCAGCAUGACGACUGCCGAGUCAGCAACCCCGCCACAGGACAUUUGUUCGACCUGAACAGCCUGACCCAGGACGGAGGUUACACCGUGUACGACCACAAGGACCCGCGGAAGAUGAUCCGCCUCAACAUCUGCGGAAACAUCAGCAAUGCCGGGUGUGAGCCUGAAGCUGCGGUGUGUGUGAAGGACGGCAACAGCGUGGUCAGCGGGGGCCAGGUGAGCAGGAAGCUCUCGUACAAGGAUCACGUCCUGGAGCUGACGUAUGAAGGCGGAAGCUCUUGUCCCGCGAACCCCAAGCUCAAGCACAGCACCAUCAUCCACUUCAUCUGCAGACCCUCCAACAUGGGCUCAGCCCCUGUGAAGCCGGUCCUGGUCGACUCGGACGAUGACACAUGCACACACUUCUUCUCAGUGCACACACACUUGGCCUGCGAACAACCUGUCACAUGUUCGGUCCAAAAUGGGUCUUCCCUGAUCGACCUGACUCCUCUGAUCCACGUCAGUGGGUUUUACACCGCCUCAGAUGACGCUUUGGACCUGAACGGCGGCUCUCCGGACUUCUACAUCAACAUCUGUCUGCCACUGAACCCCAUCCCAGGAGUCACCUGCCCGGCCGGAGCUGCAGUCUGCAUGGACCCUGAGGACGGGCCACCCAUCGACAUCGGCCGGAUCACGAGCGGCCCCCAGAUCAACAAGGCUGGUCAGGUCACCAUCACCUACUACAGCACCACCAAAUGUGCCGCUGACCCGUCCCUCAACCUCACGUCCACCAUCGUCUUCAGCUGCCAGAGAGGACUGGAGCUGGGCUCCCCUCAAAUGCUGAGUCAGCAGGGCUGCGUGUACGUCUUUGAGUGGGCCACUCCAGUGGUGUGCCCGGACUACACCAACUCCAGCGGCUGCCAGCUCACCGACUCGCAGCUCCAGUACACCUUCGACCUGUCUACUCUGUCCGGGGAGGUCCAGGUUCCAGUCGGCUCGAGUUCCUACCGGAUCAACGUGUGCGGGUCAGUGGCAGAACCAGCCUGUAAGAAGAGUGCGGUCUGCCAGGUGUCUGGCUCCGGAGCGGACAAGUUGGCAGCAUCGUUUGGCAUCAGCAAGGCCAUGACGAUGGGCUACCAGCACGAGAACCAGGCCGUCCUCAUGCAGUACGGUGGAGGAGAUCUCUGCCCCCCCAAGACCAGCGACGGAGACGUCUGCGUCUUCCCCUUCACCAUGAUGAAGAAGACGUACACUGAGUGCACCACAGAGGGGAGGACUGAGGGCAGGAUGUGGUGCGCCACCACGCCCAACUAUGACACCGACCAGAAGUGGGGGUUCUGUAAACCAGGCUCCGCAAAGCGCCAGUCGUCCAUACUCUUCAGCUGCGACCCGUCAGCAGGCCAUGGUUCUCCUCAGCUACUCUCAGAAACGGCCGGGUGCUCGGCCUCCUUCCAGUGGAGGACCAGCGCCGUCUGUCCCCCGAAGAAGAUGGAAUGUAAACUUGUCACCCAGCACAAGACCUUUGAGCUGCGGGGCCUGUCCUUGCGCACGGAGCCGUGGAAGUUCAAGCACAGAGGAGACUCAUACUUCAUCAACCUGUGCCAGGAGAUCCACGGAGGGCUGCCUGGAUGUCCCGCCGGAGCGUCGGUGUGCCGCCGUACUGCAGCCGGGACCACGCAGACGCUGGGCCGCGUCUACACGCAGAAGAUGAGCUACUCUGAGGAAAAGAUCCUGGUCAGCUACUCCGCCGGAGAUGAGGUUUGUGGGAACGGCCUGAAGGCAAAGACCAUCAUUGUGCUGAGCUGUGGACCCACGGUCGGACAGCCCGAGAUCUCAAGCGUCAACGACUCGUCCUGCGAGUUCCGGAUCCAGUGGCAGACCCGGACGGCGUGUGCAGUGACACAGCAGGUGGUGGAGAUGGUGAACGGGACCAUCACAGUCCCUGACACAGGGGUCCGCUUCAGCCUGGGGGCACUCUACUUCAGCCACCACCAGGCGUCCGGAGAUAUCCGGUCCAAUGGCGACCGCUACAUCUACCACAUCCAGCUGUCCGGCAUCAAUAACGCCUCGCUGUCCACCUGCCUCGGCGCCAACGUCUGUCAGGUCAAGCUCAACGGCGUCUACAGACGGAAGAUCGGCCUGUCCAGCAAAGCCGAGUACUACGUGAAUGGAGCAAACCUGGAUGUCAAAGUUCCAUCCGAGUCCACGUGUGGCCGAGAGAAGACCAAAAAGGUGUCGUCCACCAUCAUGUUCCGCUGCAACCCCUCCGCUGGCGUGGGCAUCCCCGAGUUCCGGGGGGAGACGGACGAGUGCCAGUACCUGUUCAUGUGGCACACGGACGCUGUGUGCGGCCUCACGGCCAUUGACGGUCAGACGACGGACGACGGCAGCAGUCUGGGGCCGGUCCUGAGCUCGAGGAGCCGGGUGGCGGGCGAGAUCCUCAGCAUGCUGCUGCUGGGCCUGCUGCUAUGUGUGCUGGCUCUGCUGCUGCGCAACAGGGAGCGGAGAGAGCUGGUGAUGCAGAAGGUGACGGGCUGCUGCCGGAGAGGAAACCAGGUCUCCUACAAAUACUCCAAGGUGAACAUGGACGAAGACGGCGGCGAGGACGAGAUGGAGUGGCUGAUGGAGGAGCUGGAGACGUCGCCGGCCUCGGCCCCGGCCCCGUCGCUCUCUCUGCACCGCAGCAACGGCCACAUCACCACCAAGAAGGUGAACACGGACGGCCUGCACUCCUUCUCCCUGGAUGAGCAGGAGGACGACAGCGAGGACGAGGUGCUGAGCGUGCCGGGCGUGCGAGCGCUCAAGGCCACGGCGGCCCGCCCCGGUGGCGGCAGCGUCUUCCUGCAGGAGGAGAGCGACGAGGACCUGGUGGGCCUCCUGGAGCACCCGGACAGGAAGCGCCCGAGCGGCAGGCCGCGCUCCUCGGGCCGUCAGCGCACUCAGCGCACGCCGCCGGCUCGGAAACCUGAGGAGGAGGACAGUGACGAGGACCUGCUGAGGGUGUGACCUCACUUCCUGUCUCCGCCUCCUGGAACUCUCAGUGAAUGUCUCCGUCGCGUCUGACGACACAGAAACUUUAUAUUUUGGGGAUUUAUUUUCGUUGGAUGCUCCUUUACCCCGCUGGCUCCGAUGCUGAGCUGCUUCUCUUAUUUAUUGACGGGAUCCUAUUUAAUUUGUGUGUGGAGCUCUCACGGCGCCGCUGCCCCGGUGUCUCCAGCUGGUGGUGCCGGGAGCUGCGUCCACUCUGCUGCGUCGCUCGCUCUCACCUCCGUUGGUGACCUCAGACUGAGGCUCGUCCUCAGCCAGGAGGACUGGCGAGGCCACGCCCCCCCCACCGCCCCCCGUCCGUCUUCUGCGCCGUCCCAUGUUCCGUCUGCUCAUUGUUCCAAUCCGUCGAGUGGGCGCAGCGUCCCGCAGCCAGCAUCAACCUGUCGCUGUGUAAAUAAAGGAGCGGUUUUGUUUUGUGCCAUGACGUCAGCACUUUACUGUAGCAUCACUCGAGCCGCCGCCGCCGCCGCGGGACUCUUGUGUUUCUUCUGUCUGAGCCACAGGCCCCACCAUCAGGGCGCCUCGCUCCUCUUCAACUGGCCCACAAGACGUCAAACAGCGCCCCCGCCAGGCGUCUUAAUACAUACACCCAAGAAGCAGGCAAAACCACGACAGCGCUCUCUGACCUUUGACCUCAGGUCCAACAAUCGGCAUCUUUCUUUCCAGGGAUUCUGAGCUAGAAAUGGAAUUUGGGGUUUUGAAGGCUAAAGUUUAAAAUUCUGACCCCGAGGUCAGAAGUGUGGGGCAGGAUGAAGCUGCCGUCACUGUCCAGACCUGGACCUUUGCAACUCUGGAUUCCACUGUGGGAAUCCUGACUCGCUUCUGUGCUUCACUUUUCAUGUGUCGGCAGGCAGGAAAUCGUUCUGACUCUGAAGCUAACAUAUUAAAACCCCUUCACAUGUCAGAGCUCAUGUUUCUGCAACUCUGACUUCUGAUCCACGAGUGACACGGCAGGACAAGAUGAAAGGAAGUGCCAGACUUGGUUUAUUCUGCACGUGUGGGGUGAGGAGGCGCCACCUCCGUGUUUCUGACGUGGGGAGGUGCUAGGUCAAAGGUCCUUUCCCGUUGGAAAUGGAGGUUCCAGGUGUGAGUCGGGAAGUGGAUGUGACCUUGACUCGAGGAGAGAAGGAAUCUCUCGUUUGUUUGGCUCGGAUGAGUCGAGUCAGAACUGGAACUGGGCGAAACCUUGGGCUUCUGUUCCCGCAUGUCAGGAGGCGAUGGACUGUGUGCUACGUGACAAGCUUUGGGCCUCAAACGCCUCGUCUAUAUUCCCGAACCGGAGCGCUGGACUCUUCCUUCCCACUCUGAAACUCAGAACCCCCACAGAAGCACAAGGAUCCGAGACGUUUUUGUCGUUUGUGCAGCUCGAUGCCUGUUUUGCUGUUUAAAACCAAGAAGAAAAAGAGGUGCAUUUGAA